AUGUCGACCUCAAUCUUGGAAUGUAAUGCCUUCAUCUAUUAUGCAGCGGUUGCUUGGAUGCCUCACGCGUUCCCUGACCUCGAAGACUGGGAUCAAAAGUUGGCCUCGACUUCCUCCCAUGCCGAGCGCUGCUGGCGUGACUUGGCAAAGGCCAGAUGGGAAGCCAAGAAUCAUGAUGUUGCUGAAAUGAAGUCGGCCACGCCCGGGGAAGAGGCUGAUUCCCCGAUCCCGAAGUCGAGGAAAGAUAACAAGAGGAAGAGGGUCUCGGAGUCCGAGGACCCCCAACCUAAAAGGGCUCUUGUUCGAAGACGCAGGAGAAAUCUCAUCCCUGUGACUAUAGAGUCAGUCCACCAGCUGGGGGAAGAAGAAGAGGAAGAUGAGGGCGAUGAUUCGGCGCUGGUGGUUCGAGCAAGGAAGCCGUUCGAGGUCGCCAAGCCUUCCAAGUCGGAGGCGAUUAUCGAGACCCUGCCUCAUGAUGAAGAGGCUUCGAAGAAAGAUUCGAGCAAAACCCCUGAAUCGCCCGAGGUUGAGGUUAUCCCUCUGCCAUCAACAAGCAUGCCGGAGGGGCCCGGUUAUGAGACCCCAAGGGCUGAAAAGAGCGCCCCGAGUGAUCCGUUCGGGGCUGUGACAAUAGGUCACUCUCUUUCUCUACCGGCCUUUUCUGAGGAGUCUAUAAGAGAUGCUCGUGCUGUACAGAUCCCCGACAUAGAAGGAGUCCCCUGUGAAGAGGAUCCCUUUCGGGAUUGCUUUAUCGAGGUUGACGAUGCCGCUGAUCUCAAUGACGCAUCUACCCUUUUUGAAGAGGCCCAACGCCUUUUAUCUCGAGAUGAAGAGCUUAAGGGCCUUCGAGCAAACUUGGCUCAGGCUCGUAAGGAAGAGGCCGAGCUGGACGAACAGGUAAAUAUCCUUUUGAGAACAUAUGGGCUUGACUCAAUGGGUGGUAAAAGAGAAGAGAUGGAGAGAGUAAGGGACUUAGAAAACUUGGUGGAGGUGAAAGUAAAAUUUGAUUCAACCAAAGAGCCUGAAUUUAUAGAUUCACGGCGACGGUUCGGUGGUGCUAGUGGCCGGCCGUCACUAGCAAGCAUUAAUGGUUUGGGGAACUGUACCGACGGGACGCUUCGGUCACGUCUGUCGCUUACGUCAUAA